AUGGAGGAGGCUAAAGAGGAAAAUCGAAGGCUAAAGUCAUCAUUGAGUAGAAUCAAGAAAGAGUUUGAGCUCCUUCAAACACAAUACAACCAAUUAAUGGUACAACAUGAAGAAUCAAACAAGUUCACACCAAAAGGGCAUCAUCAAGACAAAGACAAAAACAAAGAUAGAGAUAGCGAGCGUGAAGAACUUGUUUUGUUGAGCCUAGGUAGUCGGUUAAAGUCACCGGUUCCAAGUGGUUCGAUGCCAAAUAAAGAAGAGAAAAAGAAAGAAUUAAUGAGGGAAGCGAGUGAUGACGAAAAUAUUGAUGAUCAUGCAAAAAGUAGUGAUCAAGGGUUAAGUAUGGGGUUUGAAUACAAGGCUUUGAGUAAUCCUAAUGAGAAGUUAGAGAUUGAUCAUAAUCAAGAAACGACGUCGUUAGAGCCAAGUAACAGCAAUAAGAUCCCAUCAGAGAAUAAAAACUAG